GUGAGAGAGAGAGAGAGAGAAGCGAGGACAAUACGUUGGCGCACAAACAAAAAAAUACGAAAACACAGCUAAUCGUGAUCGUAUCGUAUCGUAUCCUCCCCUCCCUCUAUUAGUACAUCCUACAAUCUAUACAGUACUUCUCUCGAAACCUCGUUUCUCGGGCCAUCCCCUUCCCUUCACCAUUAUCAAUGAAAUUUCUUUCCCAAUUUCACCCCCCCCACCCUCCUUUCUUUCCCGUAGUAAUUCCUUAAUUCGACUCCCUUACUUCUAAUUCCUGCUACUUCUCUCCCCGUUGCUUCAAACUGGGAGGAGAUACAUAGAGAGAGAAAGAGAGAGAUUGCGAUGGAUUGAUCGAACGAUGCCUUCCCCGCACUCGUUUCAACAUACCCAUGAAGGAAUAUAGCACAUUACCCACGGCUUAAUAAGUUGGUUCUUUACCUGGGAUUCAUGGGUUGAACUCAAGGGAUGAUGGGCAGCUUCCCUGACCAAGAAGAAGAGUAUCAAUUCUUUGAUGCCCACGAGGGCAUUGCAUCACCAGGCAGCUCCUUUCAUUCGUUGAGCUGUAGAGUUAGAAUUGAGAAUAGUGUAUCAAGCAGCUUUGAAUAUGAGCUAUGGACCAGAAGCCCAAAAAGUGUUCAAGAGCGCCGUAGUAAAUUCUUGAACCGGAUGGGGUUGAAUUCAAACAGGGUAGUGUUGGAUGAUCCGGGAGAUGAAUGUGGUGAUCUGCUAACAAAGGAGAUGGAUAGAAUAAUGAGGAAUAGUGGGGCAGUAUUGAGGACCCAAAUAUUUCAAGAUGAGUUUUCUUCAAGCAGGUCUUCCUGGUCAAGUUGGUCUAAUGAUGCUUCGGGCAUGUCCGAAGAAGAAUUGCACUCAAAAUUAGGCGGAACUGGUAAUUUGGGUGGUGGAACAGAGAGCAAUGUAGACGAAUUGGGAAAUGAAGCUACGCUGAAUAAACUUCAGGUAUCUAGUUUGGACCGAUUGGUGAUGCCUGAGAAGGUUAAGAACAACUUUGCUUCAUCUACAUUGGUUUCGCAACCCAGAGAAACUGAGGUUGCUGACAGUUUUGCGGGGUCAAGGAAUAUGGUUAAGAAAAAAUGGUUGAGUAGAUUACGUUCGUUUACAUGUAUGGUAGAUAGGGAAGGGGUAGGUCGUAGUUUGAGACGCACUCCAUCAAAACCGAUUCAGGGGGCUAGGGUACAUAGGGUUAAGGUUCGCCAUAGCAGAAAACGGUGGAAGGAACUCUCUGCUUUAUUUAUGGGACAAGAUAUAAAGGCCCAUGAAGGUUCAAUUUUGACCAUGAAAUUCAGCUUUGAUGGGCAGUACCUUGCCACUGCUGGCGAAGAUGGUAUUGUGUGUGUAUGGCAAGUGGUGGAGGAUGCAAGAUCAAAUGAGAUUGACAUUCCAGAAAUUGAUCCUUCGUGUGUUUAUUUUACAGUGAAUCAUCUUUCUGAGCUGGCACCCCUUGUUGUGGCGAAAGACAAAUUGGGUAAAUUGAAGAGUUUGAGGAAAACAGCAGACUCAGCUUGUGUCAUUUUCCCACCGAAGGUCUUUCGGAUAUUGGAGAAGCCACUGCAUCAGCUCCAUGGGCACAGCAAUGAGAUCUUAGAUCUCUCAUGGUCGAAGAACAAUUAUUUGCUGUCAUCUUCUGUUGAUAAAACUGUUCGCUUGUGGAAAGUGGGAUGCGAGCAUUGCCUUAAAGUUUUUUCACAUAGUAACUACGUGACAUGCAUUCAGUUUAACCCUGUGGACGAUAGUCACUUCGUCAGUGGUUCAAUCGAUGGCAAAGUUCGAAUUUGGGAAAUUACUGGUUGCCAAGUUGUUGAUUGGACAGACAUAAAAGAUAUUGUCACUGCUGUGUGUUAUCGCCCUAAUGGAAAGGGUGUGAUUGUUGGCUCCAUUACGGGGACUUGCCGUUUUUAUGACAUAUCCAGUGAUCACUUCCAGCUAGAAGCUCAUAUAGACUUGCACAAUAAGAAAAAGGCACCAUGCAAAAGGAUAACUGGCCUCCAGUUCUUCCCACAAGAUCCGAGCAAACUGAUGGUCACCUGUGCGGAUUCACAAGUCAGAGUCCUUCAUGGGAUUAAUGUGGUGGGAAAAUAUAGGGGCCUUCGUAGUACAAAAAGCCAACCGUACGCAUCUUUCACGCCAGAUGGAAAGCAUAUUGUAUCUACAUCUGAAGAUUCUAAUGUAUACAUUUGGAACUGCAAUUGUCAUGAAGAUUUUUCUCCAUCCCAACAGAAAGUGAUAAGAUCAUGGGAACGGUUCUCUACCAAUGCAUCGGUCGCCGUCCCUUGGUCUGGCUUGAAAAAAUCUGGAGAGUCUGAAAACGUAUGUCAAGUUCCAUUGCCUUUCUCUUCUCCGUCUUAUUUCUCUCUGGGCCAAGAGUUCAUUCUAGAAUCUUUCCCCAGAGGAUCGGCAACUUGGCCCGAGGAGAAGCUGCUUAAGUCAAGCUCACGGGCUGUGGCAUCCGCUAUGCAUAAAUCACAAUACAAUUUUCUGAGAAAUUGCCAGAGCGCAUCAAGUUCUCAUGCGUGGGAUUUGGUCAUUGUAACUGCUGGUUGGGAUGGACGGAUUAGAUCGUUCCACAAUUACGGCUUACCAGUGGCUGUUUGAAAUCGUAGAUUUGUUAAGAAUUGGAUAGCCGCUUCGGUUAAGCACACGUAAUAAUUAGGAGUACCUGCUCUUGGUACCAAUAUCAUUAUGGGGUGGGAUGGCUCAUUGCAAUGUGGGGUGAUCUUCUGGGGUGUUUUUGGUGGAAUUAAAGGCGGGCAAAAAUUAGCUUCACAAGUUCCUUCCCUUUUCUUUCUUCUCUCCAGAUAUAGUUCGAAAAUUUAAGAGCCAAACAGAACCUUAGGAUUUGGGUUUUUCAACAAAUAAAUUCUUGGGUGGUGGUUAUUAUGUGGUUGAGGUUGGCUUAUCUGCAACAUGAAUGGCCAUUUUGAUUUAGGAUCUCUCUAAUUUGGCUGGAGAAGUAAUGUCUGCUGAUCCAGAGAGUAUAGUUGGAGGGGGCAUGUGUGAGGAGGGCCUAUUUGGGAUCCAUAUCUUGCAUGAUAGAGGUGGGUUGUGGGACCUGGUUUAACCUCCUUUCAUAUGGUUCUCGAAAAUGGGAUGAGAGAGAAAGUUGAGCUGGUGGUUGGAAUUCGUUUGGUGUGGGAAAAAUGGGACACUUGACCUUUUAUGGGAUGUUGGAUGGUCUGAAUGAUUGAGCCUUUUUUGUCUGCCAUUUGAUGGUGGAGCCAGUCACUGCUGGUGGGUGGGGCUAUUUUUUUUUUUUUUUGGACAGAAUCGGGUUGUUGUUCAUCUUCUAAUUUGCUCGAGUGUGGAUGACUCGUCUUUGAUUCCAGAUCACUUUUUUUCCAGUCAAAUGCUCUUGCAGUCUCGGACGGCGUGGCGGUAGUCUUUUUUGUUUCACUAACAAAGUCCAUAAAUGUGUUUCUCACAUUUGGCAGUCUGAGUUCAGACUAGAAGUAAAUGGGUUAUUAGGGUUCUACUAGGAAAAUGUAUUCUCUAUUCCAGUAUGUAUGUGUAAUCUCUGUUAUUAUGUACAGAUUCUCUAUUGCAUCAUCAAAGAAAAAUGGAAAAGGGGAAAAAGAUCUCUUCUUUAGCUA